GCCAUGGCGAGCAAUGCUUUGCCGCCGGCGCUUUCUUCGAUGUCAGUGUCGCUGCCGGAGCAGCAAGUUCUGCAAGCGCUGCUGGACGCCACCUUCCUCCGUCGCCGCUCCAUGGACCGUCGCGGCCCGCUGCCCAGGCGGCUGCGGCUCCGAGCAGCAGCCGCAGCUGGCGCAGCAAGUCGGAAGGAGUUCGACCUGUGGAGGAGCAUCAUCAUGGAGCAAUAUCCUGCAGGUUGUGAAGAUUUGACGCUGCGCCCACCAAUCAGAACCCAGCGCUUCGGUGAAACCCGCGGUGUGGAGUCGCGCAUCAACGAAUGCUACCUGUUCCACGGUACUUGCUGGCAGAACGCCGUCGACAUUUUGCGCCGUGGAUUUCGAUCCCCGGAGGCCCCCGAGGCCCCCAAGGCCAUUCCGCGGACUCUUCGGAUCGCGCCCAUGUUGCGCGGGGGGAUCUUCUUAGCGGAAUGCUCGUCCAAAGCCGACGAGUACAGUGACCCUUCGCCUGGUGAAAAUCUCACGCCCUGCACGCUGCUGCUGUGCCGUGCGCUGCUGGGAAAGCCUUUGCGCCUCCGCCACGGGGAGCGAAGACAAAGGGUGAAGGACAUGCUUGAGGCGGCGCAAGCUGACUCAGUAGUAGUUGAUUUGGAAUCGACUUGCCACAGCUACCGAGAGUUCGUCUUUGCCGAUCCUUGUCAAGUGCUCCCAGAAUAUCUUCUAGUCUACGAGCGUAUCUUCAGAAGCAAGCCAAAGAAAUGGUAGUCGAAACCGUCCAGCUGAGGGGAUGUGGCCAAGCAAGUUGUAAUAAAGGGGGGAACCAC